CUUACUAUGUAAGUACCUACCUAUCCUACCUUAGCACCUACUAGACUCAUAAUACUGAUUCAUUCAGUUGUCGUACUUGACUUGUUAUUUUUUAUUUUAUUUUAUUUUACAUUGCGGCAUUAAUCUUCUUACUGUAGGUUUUGUGAGUUAUGAAUAGGUUGGUACUAAUCAGUUAAGCUGAUCAUCUUGAAAAUUGAAGUUCUUCCUACAACCAACGGCCUACGUUCUGUUCUCAACGACUCUACUACAACUACAUACUACGAUAUUUAAACCUGGGAACCAUUGCAACAUUUGAACUCGUAACCCAGAACUCCACACAUACCCGCCCGCUACAUAUCCACUCCACUAUCCACUAUCUGCUUCCCGCUACAACCCACACUCACCAACACCCACCACACUCGACGCAAAGUUCCGACUAUUCGACCUUGCCCUACGGCUUCACCAUUGUUGCGUACUUGUUCUACAUAUAUACCUCAUACGCCUCAUUUCUCAAUCCUGGUACCAUCAAAUACUCUUCCUUGAGCGUCGAAAAUCAUAUUCGUCAUCUCGAAUUACACAAUCAAGAAUGAUAAUACGUCCAAGUUGAAGCAAUGGACACCAUCAUGUCUACACAAGAGCUGCAGCUCUGUCAACAUUUAAUAGAGCUGCCCAGACGCCAUGCAUACCGAUACAAGCAGCCUGCUCGGCAAGACCUCUUAUACAACCUCUUCUGGUCCAUGGCUGGAGGUCGCCCUGAGAAUAUGCGACUAUUCUUCCCCGACGGCAAGCUUACCCCCAAGAGCGAGAUGAAGCUCAGAGAAGCUCAAGGAGCCGUGGAUGGCGCAGAAUAUACCGAGGCAGCCCGUGGUAAAGCAUGUGGUCAUAUCUUCCGAGCCGGAGAGGCUUCGUACGGCUGCAAAACCUGUAGCACCGACGAGACCUGUUGUCUAUGCAGCAAAUGUUUCAAUGCUACGGACCACACGGGACAUAUGGUCAGGAUCUCGAUCUCACCCGGAAAUAGCGGCUGUUGCGAUUGCGGGGACCCUGAGGCCUGGAAGACCCCGAUGUUCUGCACUAUUCACAGUGAGCGUGAAGAAGAUCGAUCCAAGGGAAAGGGGAAAGAGGUUGCGGGACUGCCCGAGGAUGUCGUUGCGAAUAUCCGCAUGACUAUUUCUCGAGUCCUCGACUUUAUAUGUGAUGUAAUUUCCUGCGCACCAGAGCAGCUUCGUCAGCCAAAAUCAAAAGAAUCGAUCGAGCAAGAUGAGAAGAUGUCCCGCCUAGCUUCGACAUAUUGUGGAGGAGACAUCGAAUCCCCCGAAGAGUAUGCUUUACUACUUUGGAAUGAUGAGAAACACACCGUGAAGGAAGUUCAAGAUCAGGUGGCGCGAUCAUGUAGCACGACUCUCGAAGAGGGUUACAAGAGAGCGCUGGAGACGGACUUAAUCGGUCGAAGCAUCUUGAAAUACGAUACCAGUAUCGAAAGGCUUUUGAGAUGUGCAACCAUCCUUGAACAUAUCAAGAUCACGGUCACGAUUCGGUCAUCCCGAGAUACGUUCCGAGAACAAAUGUGCGGGACGAUGAUCGACUGGCUGAAUGAUAUUUCAGGGUGCGUGGUAGGUAACGAUUACAACAUCCUUCGAAUGGUAGUUUGCGAAGAACUUCUAAAACCAUGGCGAAAAGGGAGUCCUGGAACGCAUGCUAUGCCUGGCAAGGAUGGUCUGGAGGACGAGGAGUUGCUCGAAUAUGACCCUCUCGAGGCCCACUCGGCCGCCCUCUUCAUUCAGAGAGCAAGACUCCUUGCUGAAACCGGAAAUACGGCCACCUUGGCUGACUUACUGGACUCCGGUGACGAUGACGAUGAGGAGCAGCAGGAGGAUGAUGAAGACGAAGAUGAGGAUAUGGAUGUCGGUAACCAAACUCCUUCGAGUGGAGAGGAGGAUAAUGAUGAGGAGGAAGACGAUGACGAAGAUGUCAUGAUGGUGGAUACAAGGCCAGAAACGAGUGGCGGUGAUGUAAAUGUGCCCGACUGGAUCAGCCCAACUGUAGCAUCUCUCGAAGAGGAAGAAGCUACAAUGGCAGGAUAUCCGCCACCACCACCUCCUCCUCCCGGGCCAAGACGCACGAACCGAGAUAGAGAUCUUACUCCAUCAGAUUCGGAUACUGCAGAGCCGUUGAUAGCCCCAACGGUGUAUGCAAAAGCCAAUCUCGAGAUCCCCAAAACUCCUGGACUAUCGAAGGCAGAUAAGACAGUGCCCCCCAAACCCGGCCGUUACUGGGUUGAGACACCCGCAGCGUACAUGGAACGUGAUAGCACCCAUCCAUUCGAGGACGUAUUCCAACGAGUCCGUUUAGAUUGGCUGAUUCUUUUCGAUCUAAGGAUGUGGAAGAAAGUCCGCAAUGACCUACGCUCUCUAUACAUCUCUACUGUUGUCACUAUCCCCGAAUUCAAGAGAGUCUUAGGUCUUCGAUUCGCUGCUCUCUACACAACUUUAGCGCAACUAUACCUCAUAGGAGACCGAGAACCCGACCACUCGAUCAUAAACAUAUCCCUACAAAUGUUGACCACACCGUCUAUAACGGCCGAGGUAGUAGAAAGAGGCAAUUUUUUGACGACGCUGAUGGCGAUUCUGUAUACUUUCUUGACCACUCGGCAAGUUGGCCAUCCCUGGGAAGUUUCAUCAAGUGCCGUACUGGGGUUCGACACCGGAUCAGUAACAAACAGGCGAAUGUACCAUUUCUACGUUGACUUGAAGUUCCUCCUCGGCUCGGUUCAUGUCCAAGAGCGUAUGAGGACUGAAGAGAGAUACCUGAUGCAAUUCCUUGAUUUAGUGAAACUGCAUCAAGGGAUAUGCCCGAACCUACGAGCCGUCGGAGAGCAUGUCGAAUAUGAGACUGACAGCUGGAUUGGCGCCUCAUUAAUGACGCGGGAGAUCAAUAGGCUUUGCAGGCUUCUAUCCGGGUCUUUCCGGAACCUCCAAGCACAAGAUUCGCCAUACCUCGAGAAGGCGAUUCGAACCGUGGCCAAAAGUGUCAUCGUUAGCUCGGUUGGAGCGGAGCGUACUAGAUUCACACAGGCUGAGAUCAAAGAUGAGGUACGAUUCAAAGCUCUGAGCGACUUCGAAUUUGCUGGCGAGACCACCAAAUUUGAAGUAGUCAAGUUCGUUGUGGAAGAGCAAUCAAUAAGUUUCCAUCACGCUUUACACUAUACACUAUCGUGGUUAGUCGAGUGUGGGAAGAGCAUGUCUCCGCAGCAGCUCAAAUCGAUGUUGAGUUUCACCUCUCAAGAUUUGAAGAUGAAGCCUAGGUCAAUGGGACGAAAGACGAUGCCGAGACGAGAUUAUAGUCCCGAAGACUAUCUCAUGGCCGCGUUGGACUAUCCGCUGCGCGUCUGCACCUGGCUUGCCCAGAUAAAAGCUGGGAUGUGGGUACGCAACGGCAUUAGUCUAAGACACCAGGCUGGAACCUAUAAGAACAUUCUCCACAGAGACGUUACUCAUGCCCGAGAUAUCUUCCUGCUCCAGACUGCAAUGGUCGUCUGCAAUCCGAGCCGUGUCCUUGCCUCUAUUGUCGAUCGCUUCGGCAUGGAAAACUGGAUAAAGGGGUUCUUUGAGUUGACUUCAACAGCCCAAGACGAGAUUCAGCACCUUGAUGUGGUUGAGGACAUGAUCCACUUUCUAAUUGUGUUGUUGAGCGAUCGAACCUCACUGAUCCCAGUUGAAGAUGAACAGCAUAUGCAUUUGAUGGCCAUGCGUAGGGAUAUUACUCACGUUCUAUGCUUCAAGCCGCUGUCGUUCAAUGAGAUAUCCAACAAAUUGCCGGAGAAAUUCCACGAGCAAGAAGAUUUCCAAGGUGUGUUGGAUGAAGUAGCCACCUUCAAAGCUCCUGAAGGGGUUUCGGACGUGGGCACCUUUGAACUCAAGCCAGAGUUUAUUGAAGAUAUUGACCCCUAUAUUGCCCACUACAACAAGAAUCAACGAGAAGAAUCAGAGGCCGCUUAUCGCAAAUGGAUAGCCAAGAAGACGGGAAAGCCCGCUGAGGAUAUUGUAUAUGAACCCAAACUGCGGCCAAUUGAGUCGGGUGCCUUUGUUGGAUUGGCGCAGUUUACGAGCACGGGGAUGUUCGCGCAGAUCAUUUAUUACUGCCUACUCUAUCCCCUAGUCGCUGCCAAACUAACGCCUAGAGUCCCCUUCACUAGAGUUGAGACGUUCCUUCAAGUUGUGCUACACUUAAUCCUCAUUGCCAUCUCAGAGGACAAGGCAAAUGAGACGGAGUCUGCGGCUGGAGCCGACUCAUUUGUCUAUAUCGCCCUCACAACACACGCUCGUAGCAAUUUCAUGCAGGAUGCUCCUGCUGCAAAGACUAUUGUCUCUCUCCUGGAUAUGAUGUCUACUAAGGAAGAGUUCAAGGCUUGUCACGCCAAGAUCGCCUUAAUCCUGAAGAGAAUGAGACAGAAAUACCCACAGCAUUUCGAUACGGCCUAUCUGCGGUUGGGUAUACCUGUGGACAGGAUCGACACGGCAUCGCCAGCCAGCACUCACAAUGCCGAAGAGGAGCGUGAACGAAAGAAGAAGGCUGCCGCAGAUCGCCAAGCCAAAGUCAUGGCACAGUUCCAGCAGCAACAGAAGAGCUUCCUAGAAAUGCAAGGGGACAUUGAUUGGGGCGACGAAGACUGGGACGAGCUUGAAGAGCAAAAGCCAGCGGAGGAGCAGAAGAAUUUCUGGAAGUAUCCAAAGGGCACUUGCAUACUUUGCCAGGAAGAUACUGAUGACGGACGACUUUACGGGACCUUUGGGCUCUUCACGGAGAGUAGAAUUCUUCGGCAGACCAAUCUGCAGGACCCGGAUUUCGUCAGAGAAGCUGCAAAUACGCCGGCCAACCUUGAUCGCUCAGCUGAGACAAUACGCCCAUUCGGGCUUGCCCAUGAAAAUAGGGAAAUGGUAGAGAAAGUCGGCGCAGACGGCAAGAUAUUUACUACCGAAAGGCAAGGUCUAGGUAAGGGGUUUCCCGCCGGACUUUGUCGAAAAGGUCCCGUAUCUGUCGGAUGUGGUCACAUAAUGCAUUUCAGCUGUUUUGAUAUGUAUAUGGAAGCGACCGCCCGCCGACAUGGACAUCAGAUCGCUCGUCACCAUCCCGAGUCAUUGGAGCGCCUGGAGUUUGUGUGCCCUCUUUGCAAAGCCCUCGGAAAUGCCUUCUUGCCCAUUACUUGGGAGGGUAAAGAGGAGUCGUACCCUGGAAUCCUUCAAACCGACACGGAUUUCUCAUUUUUCGUAGUGACGCACAUGGGUGGAACCUAUUUUGCCCCGAUAGUGUCGUAUGAGCAGAGUUCGACGGCAUUUUUCAAUUAUCUACGCACAAGGAUGCCGGACAGCUUGCCAGAAAGGACCAGUGUUAGGACUAGCGACAGUAUUACGCCUUAUUGGGCUUCUGCCCGCAUAAGAUCUGUAUCUUCGGCGACGUCUACCAGUGACGCUUUCUCACUCGCUGCUACUCCUGGGUCGAGCGUUAGGUCACAGUCACCGCCGGACUCGGCGCAUGGCGACAAGGAAUUGAUGUCAAUCUAUCGACGUCUGCGUGACACGCUAAGCAAAAACAAGCUUAUCACUCCAAUUCCAGAUCUUGAAGGAAGAGACGAUGAUCUGUAUGGAAGUGAUGUGCUGGCGACAUCUCUUGGCCACUCGAUAUCAGCAGCCGAGAUACAGCAACGAGGUAUCGAGGCUCAAUAUGGAAUGACUCUAAUUGAACGGAUGCCUGAGCAGAUUCUCAUCCAACUACGUAUUCUAUCCGAGACGGUUUCUUCAUACACAGCCUUUGGCGGCCUGGGUCAUGGAGGAGACAAUCAGAUUGGGAGAGAAUUUCGAGAUGCUAGCCAACGCCAAUACUGGAAACUCUUCAUAUCGUCUUAUUUCAAGUCCAGCCUAACCAUGGACCCUCAGCCUCCUACCGAAAUCACCCCGUUGUUGAAUGACGAUGUGUUCAUCUUCCUGUGCGAAGCUAUGUUUGGCCUCUGCGUGGCACAGAAUAUGGAACCGAUACAUCUAAUUCGACUUUGCUAUCUCGCCGAGAUUGUCAAGGUUGUCCACCAUGUUUCCCAGAACCUCAACUUAUCCAAGUGGCUCGAAUACAUGGGCAAUCGAAAUGUCGAUGACCCUGCAAUGAAUACAUUUGCCAAUUUUUUCCACUACAUCACGGUGGCGCGAAUGAAUAUCAGCCACUCAGCCCUGGUCCCGUCUCGGGAUCAACCCAACCGUGGUUUUGAGCAGCCAGGCCUGGACAGUUUGGAAUGCCUUCAUUCCUUUGUCAAGAAGUACGCCAUCGCAUUCUUACGAAAAGUAACCAUCCUUCUCCAUGUUCAUCUCGGUGUCGAUUUCAACAGCCACAUAUCACCAUGUCCAGAAGCAGAUGAGCUUACACGUCUGACGGCUGCAUUACGAUUACCAUCCUUUGAUGAAAUGUGCACGGCCUUGACGCCCCUGAGUAGCCAGUAUGGUUGGCCGCCGCGUACAGAAGACAUUGUCAAGGGCUGGCUUCGCCAUUACAUACGUGGACACCUGGAAACGCAGCAGGAAGCUGGCGUGAAACUGCCGCGCUCUGCUCAACUGAGUCAUCCUGGAAUUUUUGAGCUCAUUGGUUUACCGAAGAACUACGAUACUCUUAUUGAAGAAUGCUCCAAAAAGAGAUGUCCCAAGACCGGAAAAGAUCUGUCAGAUCCUAUUGUCUGUCUCAUGUGUGGUGAUAUUUUUUGCGCUCAGACGAUGUGUUGCCUUAUGGAUUAUCAAGAGGCGGGGCCGAACAAGCCAGUAUUGAAGAUAGGGGGUGCGCAGCAGCACAUGUUGUUCAAGUGUCAGGGAAAUAUUGGACUCUUCAUCAAUAUCCGCAAGUGCGCCAUUUUCUAUCUGCAUCGCACAUCCGGUAGCUUUAGCAAUGCGCCAUACAUCGACAAGUAUGGUGAAGUGGAUGUUGGACUCCGCCACGGCAGACAGCUCUUCCUCAACCAGAAACGAUACGAUUCGAUGCUGCGCAACAUGUGGCUCAGUCACGGUAUCCCGAGUUUCAUCAGUAGGAAGCUCGAAGCUGAUAUCAAUAGUGGCGGAUGGGAAACUAUAUAAACUUGCCUAGAUAACCUACAAUUGUUGUUAUACAUACCUAAGGUACUAGUAGGUAGGCAGGCAGGUAGACAGGCAUGGGAAAUGGCAUUGUGUUUGUUGUAGUACUCAUCCCACAGGUUUUCAACGGCAUUUCCGACUUACCUACGGCGUGUGGAGUUUAUUUUUUUUAAUAGUGUUCGUUAAGGUCAUCAUCAUCAUGAUAUAAAUAGGGGAAAAGGGAACGAGAGAUUACAUAUGUAUUCUCUGUCGAUGAAUGCAUUAAUGAAUGUCCUAGGCUACGUUACUAGAUAUGGUAGAUAGUACAUAUACAUACAUACCUGGUACUAUGAGACUUGGAAGUCAUGAGGAUCGUGG